AUUUCAUUUUUUCGUACUCCGACAUGAUAUUGAGGUUACGUAGUUGAUGAUUAACAACAUCAACAAGCGGUCUCAACAUUCAUUAUAUACCAUUUCUCAUUUUUGUUAAACUAAACAAAGUUUAAUGAAUGCUUUCUCACGUCAAUAGAGUCAUCUACCGACCAACAUAAUGGCGUCGAACGAUGGAAUCCCACCACCUACCAUGCCUGGAUUUCCACCUGCAGGAUCAAGCUUGCCAUCGGGAUUUGUCCCUUCUAUGAUGCCAACUCCACCUUUUAUAUCUGCUCCGGUUAUUCCACCGGGACCCCCAGGAAUCAUGCCUCCUCAGUUUACCAUUCCACCCCCUGGAUUUGGAUUUCCAAUUGCUGGCCCACCAUCUACGGAACCUGGUGUUAUAGCAGCCGCUGCACCUCAAAUAGCAACUACUGUUGUACCUCCGCCAGCUCCUUCAGCGAGUGAUAUAGCAUUAGUUGAUGGGUCUUCAUCGUCAGACACGAAAAAGACUGAAUGGACGGAACACAAAGCCCCAGACGGUCGUACGUAUUAUUAUAAUGCAGCAACGAAACAAUCUCUGUGGGAAAAACCAGAUGAACUCAAAACACCGACUGAAUUGCUUCUGUCUCAAUGUUCCUGGAAGGAAUACAAAUCUGAAAAUGGAAAAGUAUAUUAUCACAACGUUAAUACAAAAGAAUCGAGGUGGACGGUACCAAGUGAGCUGGAAGAACUUAAGAAUCGGAUCAUAGCGGAGGAAGCGGCAGCUGCAGCCGCUGUCGCUGUUGCUAGUGCAACAAACACAGGCUCAGUAGCUGUAACGAUUCAACAUCUAUCUCCAAAUCUUAACCCAUCGAUACCUCCUGCUGGCACUCCCGAAAUAAGUGGGAAAUCAGCUAUAGAACAGGCAAUGGCCGCGACACUAGCAGCAAUUAACAUUCCUACACCACCGGCCAAACACGAUGAGGAUAGUAACUCAACAAGAGACUCUGCUAAUGGCAGUCGAACCAGCACGCCCGAACCAAAGAUGCAGUUCAAGGACAAAAAAGAAGCAAUUGAAGCUUUCAAGGAUUUACUGAAAGAGCGAGAUGUUCCUUCGAACGCAACAUGGGAACAAGCUGUCAAAAUGAUUCAGAAUGAUCCACGAUAUCCUUCAAUGAAAAAACUGAACGAGCGGAAACAGGCGUUCAAUGCUUAUAAAACUCAAAGACUCAAAGAAGAACGUGAACAGGAAAGACUCAGAGUAAAAAAAGCAAAAGAAGACUUGGAACAAUUUCUUUUGGAUCACGAUAAAAUGACGAGCACCACCAAAUACUACAAGUGCGAAGAAAUGUAUGGAAAUCUUGAAGUUUGGCGUUCUGUUGGCGACUCCGAUCGUCGAGACAUCUACGAAGAUGUCGUUUUUAAUCUGGCCAAACGAGAAAAAGAAGACGCAAAACAGUUGAAAAAGAGAAACACCAAAAGACUUGCUCAAGUUUUAGAUACUAUGACUGAAGUCAAUCAUCGAACGACGUGGCAGGAAGCACAGGCUGCCCUGUUGCAACACUCAGCCUUCGGUGAAGAUGCUGAUCUUCUAGAAAUGGACAAGGAGGAUGCACUCCUCGUUUUUGAAAACCAUAUAAGGCAGUUGGAAAAAGACGAAGAAGAAGAGAAAGAACGAGAAAAAAAGAGGAAAAAGCGACAAGAGAGAAAAAAUCGUGACGGCUUCAUUAGCCUAUUAGACGAACUGCAUGAGCAAGGAAAACUAACUUCUAUGUCUCUUUGGGUCGAACUCUAUCCGAUGCUCUCAGCAGACUUGCGCUUCUCAGCGAUGUUGGGUCAGCCCGGUUCAACGCCACUUGAUCUGUUCAAGUUUUACGUAGAAGAUCUUAAAUCCCGUUUCCACGAUGAAAAGAAGAUAAUUCGAGAAAUAUUAAAAGACAAAAAUUUCGAAGUUCAGGUCAACACGAGUUUCGAAGAAUUUGCAACAGUAGUUUGUGAGGAUCGAAAAUCCGCUACACUAGAUGCUGGAAAUGUAAAACUCACGUACAACUUAUUAUUAGAAAAAGCCGAAGCUCGAGAAAAAGAACGGGUAAAGGAAGAAACGCGUAAAUUCAAAAAACUGGAAAUCGGGUUCAAGACUUUACUGAAGAAUCUUGAAGUCGAUUAUCAAAUGUCAUGGGAAGAAACGAGAGCGAAGAUAGCAGAUGAAGUUGACUUUGAGGCAAUUACUCUCGAAAGUGAAAGAGUCCGAAUAUUCAAAGAAUAUCAGCACGAACUCGAAGAAAGCUGCAGUCACCAUCAUAUACGUAGCAAGAAGAAGAAAACUAAAAAACCGAAGAGAAAAUCACGAUCGCGUUCCCACAGCGAGUCUGAGGGUAGUGAGAAGGGAAUGAAGAAAAAACGACACAAAUCGAGGUCUCCUAGCAUCCCAAGUAAAUCAGAUAGUUCGGAAUCUGAUUGCAGAAAAUCUAAAAGAAAGAAGAUGAAGAAAAAACGAGGACGAAGUCAUUCGCGAUCACACUCGAGAUUACCGUCGUCGGAGGAAUCGCCGGAACGCAGAAAAAAAGAGGAAAAGUACCGACGACUCUCAGGUCACAGUGAAAGCGGACCAAUCGACAAUCACGAGCAUCAUGAACUUUCUGAAGAUGAGCUUGAAAAACAGAGAGAUCAAUUGUUGCGUGAAUUACAAAUGCAACAAGAAGAUAAUUGAAUUAUUGCCGAUUGUAUUCUUCCUCCAGUAAUAUUACAGCUAUUCUUACUCGUAUCCAAGGCACAAUGUGUCCUGGAAAUAAAGAAGGAAUUUUUAAAUAUUCAGAAUCGGAAAGCAUUCUCAACAAUAAAUCGAUCAUGUCGAAUAAAGGAAA